AUGUCACACGACUCAAUGUCCAUGCCCAUGUCCUCUUCCGACGCCAUGUCGAUGCCCAUGGUCUUCACCACAUCGCACAGCACCCCUCUGUACGGGACCGGGUGGACGCCCACCACGGGAGGCGGCUACGCCGGCACCUGCAUCUUUUUAGUCAUCCUCUCCAUUGCCCUGCGGCUGGUUUUUGCGGGCAAGGCCGUGUGCGAACAGAGAUGGGCGGUCGCCGCACGGAGACGGCGCUACGUUAUGGUCCAGGGCCGGCCCACCGAGGCUGGACGGAUCGACCAGGACCCGGAUGCGAAGACGGGGGCCCUCAUCACGGUCAACGGCGUCGAGGAGAACGUCAAGGUCGUCGAGGCCAGGGACGUUUUCCCCCCCUUCCGGCUGUCGGUCGAUGUCCCUCGAGCAAUCUUGACCACCCUGAUUGCCGCCAUGGCAUAUUUGCUCAUGUUGGCCGUCAUGACCAUGAACGUGGGCUACUUUCUCUCCGUGCUUCUGGGAGUCCUUCUCGGCGAGCUAGCCGUCGGUAGAUUCGCCCGGAACGACGAAAACUUUCACUGA